AUGAAAAGACUUGUUUUCCCAACAGUAAUAGUGCCAUUGAAGGGAAGCAGUACCAAGUCUCCUCUCUUACAACAAGUUGUUUUUAUUACCUCUAAUAGCCAACAACAACAAUUCUUCCAUCAAAAUAUUUGUAAAAAUGAUAGCGUAAGAACUUUACAUUUGGAUGAAGCAGCAAAGAGAAGAUUGUCUAAAAAGAAGUUAUCUGCCAAGGAUAUGCACAAACUCAUUGAAGACAAUAUUACAAAAAUUAGAGGUGGAAGAGCUAACUAUGAUGGUUCUGAUGUUUAUGAAGCUGCUACAAGAAAGAGUACUUCUAAACAAAUUAACCCCGAGAGUCCUUUCUACGCUCAAACAAAAUCUCAAUCAAGCGAAGAACGUUCCAGUAUGUCUGGACAAGCUAGUACUUGGUAUGAUUAUUAUCGUUUUAUAGAAAGAGCCGACAGCGAUGUUUUUAAUCAUGAUUUAAAGACUCCAACAAAUGCCAAUACAGCUGGCUGGUUAUAUAACAAACCACCAACUGGUCAUACAGAAUUUAUGAAUACCAUCUCUCAAUUCACUGAUGUUGUUCAAGAUUGGAGAGAAGGUAAAUUAACUGGUGAUGAUAUGCAACAUCGUAAGAUGAUGGAAUAUCAAUUGCAUCAAUUACCACAAUUUAAGACACGUCCACCAGAUCCAUUCGGUAAUAAUCAACAUUACAUUGAAAAGAUUUCUUAUAAGAAUCCAUCCCUCCUUCUCAAGUUUGUUUCUCAAUCUGGUCGUAUCAUUCCAAAGAGAUUUACUGGUGUUCGUAGAAGAACUCACAAGAGAAUUGAAACUGAAGUUAAGAAGGCUCGUUUCUUGGGAUUACUUUCAUACACUGGUGGUUCUCUAGAACAAGGAAAUCUUUUGAAUCAAAUUGAACUUCCAAAUGUAACAACAAAACACAAUUUGAGGGAACGUACAGAAAUUAUGUUGACUAAAUCUCAACAAAUCGAUAAUACCAAAUACUAUCUUGAUAACUUGGCUAAGAAUAUUAGUACGACUGGUACUAUUGAAUGGAUUCCACCAGAAAAGAACGGUAAGAAUCCACGUACAACUGUUAGAAAGGAAAAGGCUCAAUUGGAAGGCCAUCUUAAAUCUCAAGUUGAAAAGAAGAAGGCUCUCAUUCAAAAACUUAGAGUGGAAAAUGAAAUUUUGCAAAAAAAGAAAUCUCAACAAUAAAAAUUUUAUAAAUAAUUAAU